AUGGCGACGUCGCCGCGCGCCGGCAGCGGGAGAGCUGGCGGGGGAAGCGCCCGUCAUUUCCUCCAGCAAGUCUCCUUUCAGUGCUUAGCAGCUGUCGCUUUGGGCCUUGUUCUGAGGUCCCGUGUGAGUUAUUUCUUCCCUAAUCCCUUUCAACUUUUUUUUUUCCUUUUUUUUUCUUUUCUGUCAGGGACGUGGUUGUUAUAUUUGCCGUGCACCUGGAGUAUAGGCCUGGCAGCGGAGCCGGGUUGCCUUCCAGACUGCUAUAUGCUAUCCCUGUUUGGGGCUGGAGCAGUGCUGAUGCGUGGAGCAGGCUGCACGAUUAAUGACAUGUGGGAUCAGGACUAUGACAAAAAGGUUGCGAGGACGGCCAGUAGACCCCUAGCAGCUGGAGAUAUCUCUACUUUUCAAUCCUUUGUUUUUCUUGGGGGACAGCUUAGCUUGGCUCUUUGUGUGCUUCUGUGUCUGAAUUACUACAGUAUUGUUCUGGGAGCAGCCUCCUUGUCUCUUGUGAUCACCUAUCCUCUGAUGAAGAGAAUAACAUACUGGCCACAGUUAGUUUUGGGACUUGCAUUUAAUUGGGGAGCCCUUCUUGGGUGGUCGGCCAUCAAAGGGUCGUGUGAGUGGUCUGUGUGUUUACCUUUGUACUUAGCUGGAGUUAUGUGGACGCUGGUAUAUGAUACCAUUUACGCGCAUCAGGAUAAGAGGGAUGACGUCCUUAUUGGUGUGAAGUCAACAGCGUUACAGUUCAAUGAAGAUACAAAGCAGUGGCUCAGUGGCUUCAGUGUUGCAAUGCUCUUGGGCUUGUGCAUGGCAGGAAUGAACUGUAACCAGACUUUCCCUUAUUACUCCGCUGUGGCUGCCGUAGGUGCUCACUUAGCGCACCAGAUUUACACUUUGGAUAUAGACAAACCUGAAGACUGUUGGAAGAAGUUUACUUCGAAUCGUACAGUAGGAGUUCUGCUCUUCGUAGGGAUUAUGCUUGGAAAUCUUUGGAAAAGAAAAGACUCAAAAAAGGAGGAAGCGCCUCUAGAAAACAGGUAGCUGAAACUACUAUGAGUACUGAUAUUUUAAUCUGGUUAAAAUAAAGAUACUGUAAGAGUAAAAAAACUUAGAACUAUUUCUGAUUUAUUCUAUUUAUUUAUAAUAGCUGAUUAAAUUUUCCUUAUUUCUAAAAACAUGCAAGUGAGAUGAACCAACAAGUAAAGCUGCUGAACUUUGUUUAUGGUGAUAUUGAAUGUUUAAAUAUUAAUUCUGUGUAGUACAAAUAAACUUCUGUAAAAUUCUCAGGACUGUGAGCCCCAACGUUUUCUACAUAACACAACAGAUAUCUCUUGGUGACAGUACAUGGGAAAUGCAAAGUGAUUUCAGGAUGUAAAUAAACUCUGGUUGUAAAGGUGUGGUGUUCUGAUUUAUUGCA